GUCGACUCGAGGAGACGUUGGAAAUCGGCCAUCAGUGUCCUAUCGUCUGAUGAAUCUGUAGUGUGGGGGGAUAUUGUAAUUCUACCAUCAAAUGUUUCUCCUGCAUUGUCAAUAGAGAUCAGGGCUUCAUAUGAGCUUGGUCGAAUGCUAGGGGGUGGAGAGGUAAUCGGGGAACUUCAAAUGUCGUGGGAUGAGGUACUUGAUCAUGGAGAUCACCCAUUUGAUCUAUCGUUCCCAGUCAUGCGCGGUGUCCAACCUUCCAUCACACUGAAGGUUGCUGUUGUACAUGCUUGGGACGAUCAAAACGGCACACUGUUUGAUUCCCUCGUAGACUGUAAAAUUGCUCGAGACACAGAUGCUGCCCGCGUACGACUUGCCAGAUACGUGAGACGCAAGAGGGUCUCUUACUUGAACGGUGCUGUAGAGCAUUUUCAGUUGGUUCUGAACCAGUGUCCGGUCGGCCAUCCAGACCGCGCAACAGCUCUCACCAACCUCGCGUGGGUUUGCCUUCAAGGCUAUAUGCGAAAUGAAUUUCAAGAUAUCGAUACUAUCACUUCCCUCUUCCGCGACGCCCUUGCAUUGCGUCCGCAGCACCAUCCCGAUCAUCCCUUAUCCCUAUAUAAUCUCACCGAAUCGCUGAAUUGGCGCCACUCCAGGAAAAGUACUGCCGCAGACAUCUGCGAAACGGUCCAACUCUAUCAUGAGCUACUGCCCCUCUGUCCAGAGGGCACGUACCUUCGUAGAUUCGCGGGAGGGAAAAAUGGUGUUGAUUAUGUGAUCGACGGAUGCAGUCGUCUUCCAACAGACGCAUCCGAUGAAGGCAUCCACCUUCGAAGAGUCGUGCUCGAGCUCUGUCCUCUGGGCCAUCGACUUCGUCCCAGAACUCUCGACGAGCUUGCACGAGCAGUUAAAGCACGGUUUGAUGAGCACGGCGGCAUCGAUGAUCUUGACACGAGCAUACAGCUUGGUCGUGAAGCCGUGUCUCUGUGUCCCGAGGGACACGCUGACCGUGGUGCCUACCUCAACAACUUGGCCUUUUCACUCAGGUCCCGCUUUAGGAAUCAAGGCAAUCCUAAUGACCUCGACGAGGCCAUCUCUUUAUAUGAAGCAGCGCUGCACCUGCGCCCUGUUGGUCACAAAUCUCGAGAUUUCUCAUUGGACAACCUAGGGGGCGCCCUCGCCGACCGUUUCAACAAACGGGGCGACAUCGAAGACAUGACCCAAGCCAUCAUCCUCCGUCGCGAGGCCCUGACGUUGCGCCCACUUGGGCAUCCACGUCGUGACACCGCCCUUAACAACCUUGCCCUCGUGCUCCAAACUAGAUAUGACAAAUCGCAAGUCAGCGAGGAUCUGAACGAGGCCAUUGAUCGGUAUCGAGAAUCCCUUCGGUUAAGGCGGCUCGACCAUCCAACACGCCAUAGAAUUCUUUACAGUUUGAGCUUGGCGCUCUGCUCUCGUUUCACGCAAGCUCAGAAAAAUGAAGAUGUUGAGGAGGCCAUUGCUCUUUGUCAAGAAUCGUUGGCGGCUCUGUCUUCACUGCACCCGGACAGGUACUUCAGCUACAUGUGGCUGCAGGAGGCCCAUUCGUCUCGUCACCAGAUUUUACAUGAUCCUGCUGAUUUAUCGCUUGCAAUGGAGAACUUCAGACUCGCAUCAAGACAUUCUACUCAAGGGUUCCCAGAACGCAUCAUUGGCGCAUUUAAUUGGACCGUUGCAGCGGAGCAGCAUGGUCAUGGAUCCGCGCUAGAAGCCUACUCGACAUUUUUCGAGCUUCUGGAUGCUCAUCUAGCCACACGGUCUUCGGCAACUUCACGACGCGAAGCUGCCGCUGCCUUCCAUUACGCCAGAAGACUCCCAGCAAAUGCAGCAUCAUGUGCCAUCCGCUGUGACGAUCUACCACAUGCAGUUGAACUUGUGGAGCAGGGCCGUGGCCAGCAAUGGUCGCUGGCAUCCCGACUCAGGACUCCGGUUGAAGCCCUUGAGUCAGCGAAUCCGGCACUGGUGCACAAUUAUUUGGAGCUGAGCAUACUCGUUUCCAGCGCAACCCAGAGUUCUGCACCCAUCACUGACAGAGCUGCUGGUGAUCGGGCAGUAAUGGAGUACAGGAGACUUACAAGGCAAUGGGAAGCUGCGGUUGCUGAAAUACGUGAUCUUCCGGCGUUUUCGCGGUUCCUACUCCCACCUUUGUAUGCAGACCUACAAGCGGCAGCGCGCCAGGGCCCGGUCAUCAUCCUCAUUGCGAGUGAAUACUCGUGCAACGCCAUCAUCGUCCGGACAUCAGGAGAUCCCCAUCAUGUUCCCUUGCCAUCUGUCCGUCUCGCAGAUCUGACCAAUCUCAAGGACCGCUUCGCCAGGGCAAUACGACAGGCAUCUACCAUGAGCCCCAAAUUGCCGCGAAACGAUCUAAUAGUCCUCUUGCGGACAGUUUGGGACGAGAUAAUGCUACCCAUCGUCAACGUCCUCCGGCAUGAUCUGAAACUAAAAUACUGUCGAAUCUGGCUGUGUCCAACUGCAGCCUUCACAUCUAUUCCUCUCCACGCAGCUCACCCGUUUCGAACCAAUCCAGAUGGCUCUAGGGAGCAAUGCCUGGAGGAUCUCUACAUCUGCUCUUACACCCCGACACUUUCGGCUCUGGUAAGAUCCAGACAGACGAUGAAGAAGCGUGUCACUCCAUCCUUCGUGACAAUCGGACAGGGUCAACCGGGUGCAGGGAAAGGCAAGGCGCUCAAGGCCGUCGACAGCGAGCUCGAGCUUGUCCGUAAGCUCGUCCCUGCGACGGCCAAGCGUACUACUAUUUCUGGAGACGCAGCCACACGAGCAGGUGCGCUCGAAGCUCUGCAGCAGAACACCUGGGUGCACCUAGCUUGUCAUGGCAAGCAGGACCCUAAGCAGCCUUACAAUUCACAUUUCGUCAUGAAAGACGAAGAUCUGACGCUGCUCGAUAUCAUGGAGAUAGAUAUUCCGCACGCCGAGUUUGCUUUCUUAUCAGCGUGUCAUACCGCCGUCGGGGAUGAGGAAACACCCGACGAAGUAAUUCACCUCGCAGCCGGUCUUCAGUUUUCAGGGUUCAAGAGCGUCAUUGGGACGCUGUGGCAGGUCGACGACUCUGUCGCAAAACACGUCGUCAAAGCCUUCUAUGAGAAUAUGUUCAAAGAUUUGAAGGAUGGAGGUGCGAUGGAUUGUACGAAGGCAGCCUGGGCACUGAACCGUGCCACACACGCUGUGAAGACGACAGUGCCGCUGGAGCAAAGGAUGGUUUUCGUUCAUAUUGGUGUGUAG